UGAAAAUGUAAAAUGCCCCUUUUUGGGAAAAAAAUACCAAAACUCAACAACAUAAAUUGGGACAGCGAAGCAACAUUAACCGAUACUUUUUGCCGCUUUAAUAUUGUUUGUCGGAGUAAAUGGAUUCUCUGUAUAAGAAAUUGGAAUCCUGAAAACCUAAUUAUUUGUUCAAAUUUUGAUUUGCUCAGCGAAUGGGUCGUUCACGCGCUGCCUCUCAAGCCGCCGUCGAUGAUCCUGGACAGAGCCGGUCAAAGAGAAAACGCACAACACAGAAUGUGGAUAAUACUGACAGUGCGACUCCUGAGUUCCCGGGAAUAACUGAUGGAAAGAAGGCGUUGUACCAUUGUAACUACUGCAACAAAGACAUUUCGGGAAAGAUUAGGAUCAAGUGUGUAGUAUGUUCUGAUUUUGACCUCUGUAUUGAGUGUUUUUCUGUCGGAGCUGAGGUGUACCCUCAUAAAAGCAACCAUCCUUACAGAGUCAUGGACAACCUUGCAUUUCCGCUUAUAUGUCCUGACUGGAAUGCUGAUGAGGAGAUGUUACUUCUAGAGGGUCUUGAAAUGUAUGGGUUAGGGAAUUGGAAUGAAGUUGCAGAACAUGUUGGAACAAAAAGUAAAUUACAAUGUAUUGACCAUUAUGACAAAGUUUUUAUGAAAUCCUCAUGCUUUCCUCUUCCGGACAUGUCUCAUGUGAUGGGCAAGAGUAGAGAGGAACUGCUUGCUAUGGCCAAAGAACAUGGUGAAACAAAAGAAGGAGCUACGACUUUUGGAGAAGUUGAUGGGAAAGAACAGUCUCCAUUCUCUGCAAGAAUCAAGACGGAAGAUCAAAGAAAAGAAGGUCAAUCAGGACGCUCCUCAAGCAUUUCUUCUGAGGUAGACACUAUUGGAGGUUCUGGUUGUGGUAAAAUGUCAGCGGGAGCCACUAAGAGGAUGUCCAGCGAAGUCCCGAGCAAUGAUGCACCACCCGAUAGGGUUAAAGUUGAAGAGUUUCACUCUGAUAGAAGUAUUGGAGAGAAGAAACCUAGGACAUCAGGCGAUGAGGGUGUUUCUAUGAAAGAAUUAAGUGGAUAUAAUUCCAAGAGGCAAGAGUUUGAAGUUGAGUAUGACAACGAUGCUGAGCAGUUACUUGCUGACAUGGAAUUCAAGGAGACGGAUACUGAAACUGAGCGUGAACUGAAACUAAGAGUUCUGCAUAUAUACUUGAAAAGGCUUGAUGAAAGAAAACGAAGGAAAGACUUCAUAUUGGAAAGAAAUCUUCUAUAUCCUGACCCUUUCGAGAAGGACCUUACCUCGGAAGAGAAAGAAUUGUGCCGUCGGUACAGGGUAUUCAUGCGAUUUCAUUCUAAAAAGGAACAUGAUGAGUUGCUCAAGAGUGUUGUCGAGGAGCAGCGAAUUUUGAAAAGAAUACAAAACCUUCAGGAAGCUCGAGCUGCUGGUUGUCGUACGUCGUCAGAAGCUGAGAGAUAUAUUGAACAGAAAAUGAAGAGGGAGGUUGAGCUUGAGGAAAGUGCCCGUCGAGUGAAAGAAAGUUCUCAGGCUGGUCCCAGUGGAAAAUACUUGCAAAGAAUGAAUAAUCAUCAUAAUAAUAAUACGAGCCCAAGGGUAGGUAACAAGAGCCCAUCGGUCUUAGAUCCUGGUGGAAUGGACUCUUCAUCAAACACUAAACAAGGAGGACUCGCUGCUUCCGACAUACUCUCCGAUAACUGGGAUGUCACUGGAUUUUUAGGAGCUGAUAUACUCUCCCAAGCUGAGAAACAGCUAUGCGGGGAGAUGAGAAUCCUACCAGCACAUUACCUCAAUAUGCUGCAAACAAUGUCAAUGGGAAUUUUAAAUGGAAACGUGACUAAGAAAUCUGAUGCACAUGGCCUAUUUAACGUUGAUCCAGGAAAGGUCGAUAAAGUAUACGAUAUGCUUAUAAGGAAAGGUAUUGCUCAAACAUGACAGCCAUCUAUCUAUUUAUCUUUCGAUUCUCCGGGUAAGAGGCGAGUUCCCCUCAAUGCUGCGUGCACACUGGACCAUAGUGAACUGGUUUUCAUCCUUAUGAUUUGCAUUAAUCGGUCCGAUAUGUAGUUAUAACAGAUAAUUAUUCUCUCUGUAGUAACUUAUUUUUCAAACUAUUGUUUUUCAGUGUUUUGAACUGAUAAUAAUCUGUAGGUAAUAAUUUUGCCAAAUCCCGUAUGAGGAAAUGGAAAUAAUCACGAAUGUGUACGAUUAUGUUUUUGAGUGAUGUAAAAAUUUGAAAGAUGAAGUGGUAGGGGAUAAGUUUAAUGUUAUUGUGUUGGUCUAAACUUUCUUGUGUAUCGCACUAUUUUCGAGAUUCCUUAAAUACUUGAUCUCAG